CUGGGAUUGUGAUCUACGUAUGAUUGGGCCUGGAAUGAGGGGAGACAAUGGGGGCCAGUGGGAACCAACCAUCGGAAUCGGUUUCAGUGUACAUACAUUCAAUAUUUGGUGUUUGUGAGCGUUCACAGUACAGUCUGAAUGUAUCCUGCACUAACCCUUCUGGAGACCGUAACGACUUUAACGAUCUGAGAGAUCUUCGUAAGCAAAUCCGCGAUGCCCACAAUUACUAUCGAUGUCUCCAUGGUGUACCUCCUCUUAAACUACAAGGGAAACUCAAUAAGUAUGCCCAGAAAGCUGCCGAGGAUAAUGCCAGGAAAGGAGCACUGAUGCCUUCUGGUGGACUUUACGGCGAGAACUUAUAUAGCUCAUAUGGAGUUCCGGUCAAUGGUUUGGCUAUCACUAAAUUUUGGUAUGAUAAGAUUAAGGACUACAAUUUCAACUAUCCAGCAUUUAGUUCAAGUCAAUUCAGCCAAGUUGUUUGGUUAAGCAGCACCGGUCUUGGAUGUGGAUACAUAAAAAAUGCGAACGAAUGGAGUUAUAUUGUAUGUAGUUAUGAUCCUCCAGGUAACAUCCCAACACCCGAGCAGUUCAGCAAAAAUGUGCCACUACCGUUGUAUACAAUAAACAACAAUGACUAUAUAUGAACACAUGACGUUAUACAAUGUUGUAUGCCUUAUAUUAUGUUAGCCUGAUUCGUCCAUUAAUGCUAAAUUCGAGGUACUGUAUAUGUCAUUCGAAUCUUAACGACACAUUUUAGAAAGUACUCGUUGAAUAAAAACAUGCGGAUAUUA